AUGACUGGCCACAUCAUCGCCCAAGGUUCACAGUUCUCCUUGAAUGUCGUUGAGGCCGUCACAGCUAUGAUUGGCAUCGAGGAUGCUGCCCGUUCUGAGGUGUUUCAUCAGAUUGAAGAGCUGUUUGCACUUACAAGUGGAAAGUUUGGCGAUACAGAUGGGAUGAUGGCCCUGGGUAUCCAGGUCAAGCUUUCUGGAGCAAGGUUUCAUACUCCAGAGGAAGAGAGAGCGUAG